AUGCCUACAAAGGAAGUACUUGAUCAGUGGGAAGCCAUCUCCCCUACUGCUAAAGGCGAGGGGCCCCUUCAAGGCAGAACCGACCCUGCUCAAUCUUUGGUAUCUACACACGAGUGUUUCGCUGCACGACCCAACGCCGAAGGAUGUACACAUCCUUGCCACGAUGGGCGUCUCGAGCCUGAUCAGGACCGUGUUCGCAACAGUGGUGCUCGUACGCCCAACUCCAUUCACGCCGAUAUCGUCGCACAGAUAGAAGCGAAGCGCGAGCGAAAGGAGUCAGAAGCAGCCGAGAACAAAAGAAAGCAGUCUGAGAUUACAAAUAAGUAA